CUGUGAGCAGAGGUUUAUUAGAUAGCAUGGCUCUGCAACAGGCGAUAUUUUUAGGAAUAAUUAUUGUAUUCUCAGGCCACAUCUAUUCUGUGUUUGCAGCUCAAAAUGUGUGUAAGACGUAUGGCAGCGGCAUCUUUUAUACCUUCAACAAAACAGCAUUUCAUCUGAAGUCCACAUGUCCUGUAACGCUCACACGCUUCACUCAUGCUGGAGUGGACUGUCAUAUCAUCGUCCAGCGUGGACCGAACGGCAUGAUGGACAGAGUGGAGAUCAUCGUGAAUAAAAUCACGACCCUCGUUCACAAUAACACUGUCACAGUGGAAGGCAGCAGAAUUUCCCUUCCAUACGACCACACCUAUCAGUAUGUGUUCCAUUAUGGAGUCUAUACCAGGCUCCAAAGCAAAGUUUUGCCAUUGUCUGUCACCUGGUACAGUGUCUCUAAUGGUGUCAGUUCACUCUGGGUGCAACUGGACCAGGUUUUAGUGGAGGGUAUGAGUGGACUUUGUGGGCACCAGAACAGCACAGAAACUAUGCAGCAGCUGAUAACUGCCAGUGUACUCUCUGAUGGGCAAUGCCUGACACAAGACUCUGUUGCACAGAAAAACACAGUUUGUAGAGAUGUUUUGUCCCAUGCUUACGAAUGUCUCGGCACUAAAUAUCAAACCUACAUGACUCUAUGUUAUAAAAAUAUGAAUGGCUUGUGGCAUCAGGAAGCAAACUGCUCCUUUUUUAAAGAACUCUCGCUUUUGUGUGGGAGCUCCAAUCCAGUGUGGUCAGUAUGGAGAUCGAAAAGCAACUGCUCCAAACCUCUUUGUCCUGGAGACCUGCACUAUGUGGAGAUGGGUCCUGCUUUCCCCCCAACCUGCAGCAACCCACAGAAUUAUACCACAGAAUUAACUAGCACCUGCCUGCCUGCUGAAGGAAAGGUCCUGAAUGAUCAUGCUGAUGGUUACCAUUCCAUAAAUGUGGAGGAAUGUCCAUGUGUACAUGCGAAAAUAAUCUAUGCACCAGGGCAGGAACGCAGAACAAAGUGCCAGACCUGUACCUGCAUCAGAGGCAAAUGGGCAUGUUCUGCAAACAUAUGUCCAGCCAAGUGUAUUAUUGAGGGCCAAUUCAUCUCUACAUUUGAUGGCAAACAGUAUUCUCUACUAGACAGAUGCACAUUUGUGGCUGCAAGGGGGCUUAACUGGACAUUGAACAUUCAGUAUUCUGGGCAAGCUGUUGUCAUAGAAAAGGCAUAUCUUAAUAUUAACCAGGUUUGUCUGUUUUCCUUAUCUAUAUUCUUUUUUUUUUUUUUUUUUUUUUUUUUUUUUUACAUUUUCACAACCUUUACAUUAAUUUUCUAUGUGUAUGUUUAUGUUGUUGACAAAUGUACAAAGAUUUUAGGAGAAAAUGUAGCAUCUGUAUAAGAGAAAAUUUUUAUAUGCUGUAACUGGAAAGUUCGCCACUUUUGAUCAGCUUUUUGUUUAAUUUGGUCCUGCAUUGUGACUGUGAUUUUUUUUUUUUUUAAAGUUCAGAUAUUCUAUGUUGUCUUGCAAUUAGUAUGAGGUCAUUAAAACUGAAUACUUAACAAUUUAAUAUAAUACAAUAUAAUAUAAUACAAUUUAAAAUGACGGUAUAAACUGAACAGCCAUUAUAUAGCUUUAAACUUAACUAUUAGCAUUUGAACA